AUGAGCUGGCAUGUAUGCAGCAUGAGCCUGGCUGAUUCACUGAAAGCAUUGCUCAAAAUCACAUCCAUGACGAAGACUAUCAUUUCUGCAGCUGCUGCUUCUCAAGGUAGAGCCAUUGUUGCUAGAUCUCUCCUCGCUAUUGAUGCUGGAACUUUCAUGGUUGCUCAAAAUCUCAUACGCAUGACGACAAAUGCGUGCGAAGGGAUUGCACUGGGCAAAAAGGUUCUUUUCCCAAGCCAACGAACAGCUCAAGCUACUCUGCAAUUGAUACCAGAAAUUAGUCGCAUUAUCUUUGAGCCUCACAAUGAUCUAUCCACCUUGGGAUCUCAGAUGUCAGCGCCUGGUAGAUUUGACAACGCCUCCUUUUGGAUACUCUCGUGCUCAUUGGACAAUCCCAAACCUUACGCGGAAAUCCAAUGCAGUACCUAUUCUGAUUGCCAAGCCAUGCCAUCCGUCUUUGGCUCUGCCUCAUUUGCUGCUUCUUCUACCUCAAUACUGACAAACUUUUUUGGUCCCUGA